AUGGUGUUCCUGGAUUAUGGAGUGCGUAACGACAACAACAACUUCAGUGUUGGUAAAUGGGUGUUCGACAGGCAAUUUGCCGACGAUACCUUGUUGGUUAGGGUCAAGAGUUGGUCUAAUGUCCGAGCUUUGAAGGCGGUGUUAGUUUUAUUUGAAUCCAUCUCGGGACUGAAAGUCAAUUUUAACAAAAGUAUGCUUUUUGGUGUUAAUGUGAAUGAAUCUUGGCUUCAUGAAGCAUCUUCGGUUUUGAGGUGUAAGCAUGGGAGCCUUCCGUUUGUUUAUCUGGGGCUACCUAUUGGUGGUGAUCCGCGGAAGCUUCAGUUUUGGUAUCCGUUGGUUGAUAGGAUCCAUAAACGGCUGUCUGGAUGGAAGUGUAAAAAUUUGUCUUUGGGUGAUCGGUCUGGGGGUAAAGAGGUUGAAGGAAUUUAA